CUCACCCAGGGCCCGCCUGGUCACAGGGCCUCUGUCUGUGGCCGCAAGCAGAGAAGCCACUGCCCUCCCGGCACCAGCACCGGAACGUCAGCUCAGACACCAGCCCCCCCAGGGGGACAAGCCUCACUGGAACACAGUGUAGACCCUAGGAGACAUCGAACAUGUCCCGGCCGAGCAGCAGAGCCAUUUACCUGCACCGGAAGGAGUACUCACAGAACCUCUCCACAGACCCCACCUGCCUGCAGCACAGGGUGGAGCACCUGAUGACAUGUAAGCUGGGGACUCAGAAAGUCCAAGAGCCGAAGGAUGCCCUGAAGAAACUGCAGGAGGUGGAUGCUCAGGGCCGGGUGUGGAGUCAGGACUUGUUCCUGCAGGUCAGAGAUGGCUGGCUCCAGCUGCUGGACAUUGAGACAAAGGAGGAGCUGGACUCUUACCGCCUGGACAGCAUCCAGGCCAUGGAUGUGGCGCUCAACACUUGCUCCUUCAACUCCGUCCUGUCCAUCACAGUACGGGAGUCGGGCUUGCCAGGCACCAGCACUCUGCUCUUCCAGUGCCAGGAAGUGGGGGCAGAGCUACUGAGGACCAGCCUGCAGAAGGCCCUGGAGGACGACCAACAGCAAAAACCCCAGUCUGGAGCCCCAGGCCAAAACAGAUGGAGGGGGCCUCCUCUGGAAAGACCGUUCCCUAAGGAGCAGUUACCCCCUCCGGAGCAGGGGCCCUCUCCAGAACAGCCCUACUGGAUGACCCCAGAGCACAACAUGCCACCAUCCCCAAGGUCCCUGCCACGCCACUCCAGUGCCCGAGAACCAAGCACCUUCGCUCUUCCUCCUCCAAGCCAGUCCCCACCCCCCGAGAACCCAGAGAGGGAUGAGGAGAUACUAAGCCACAUCCUUAGAGACAUCGAGCUGUUUGUGAGAAUGCUGAAGGAGGCCCAGGCAAAGAACAGUCAUAAGAAGAAGAAACUGGGGAGGAAAAAGGGCAAGGAUCAGUGGGGGAUGACACAGGCACAGUACAUUGAGUGCUUCCAGAAAGUCAAGUACAGCUUCAACCUCCUGGGGAAGCUGGCCAUCUGGCUGCCGGAGAAGAAUGCCCCUGAGUUCGUGCACAUCCUCUUCCAACUUCUACACUUCAUCCUGGCCCAGUGCUCGGAGCCCGGCCUGGCCACCCGAGUGAUUUCACCCCUCCUCACCCCCAAAGCCAUCGACCUGCUGCAGUCCUGCCUAAGCCCACAUGAGAGUGACUUCUGGAAGGGUCUGGGUGUGGCCUGGACUACCAGCCGGGCCAACUGGACAGGCAGUGAACCCCUGCCCUAUCAACCCACAUUCUAUGAUGGUUGGCAGCUUCCGGAACACUCCAACCAGGCCCCCUCAGGAUACCAGGACUCUACUUCCCUCCGCCCCGCGUUAGGGAGCACCUACUUUGCUCAAGAGGAGAUACACCACCAUGGCCCUCAGCCCGGGGACCCCAACCACGUGCCCUCCAGCCCCAGACUUGCCAAGCCAGCCCUGAAAAUGCAAGUUCUCUAUGAGUUUGAAGCUAGGAACCCACAGGAACUGACUGUGGCCCAGGGAGAGGUGCUGGAGGUUCUGGACCAGAGCAAGCGGUGGUGGCUGGUGAAGAAUGAGAAGGGACAGAGUGGCUACAUUCCCAGCAACAUCCUAGAGCCUCAACAGUCGGGGUCCCAGAGCCAGCCGCCUUCUCGGGCUCCAAUGCUUCUACUUAGCUCAACGCCUGAGGAAGUCACAGCCUGGCUGCAGGCAGAGAACUUCUCCACCAUCACGGUGAGGAGCCUCAGGUUCCUGAGAGGGAACCAGCUGCUUCACAUGAGACCUGGGGAGCUUCAGAUGCUGUGUCCACAGGAGGCCCCGCGAGUCCUGGCGCGGUUGGAAGCUGUUAAAAGGAUGCUGGGGAUGAGCCAUUAGGCACCAACCCAAACACCUCUAAGACCAAGACCCUCUCACAAGCAAGAUGACAGAUCUGAUUCUUUGUGGAGCCCUGAGAAAUCCACUCUGAGGUCCCCAGUUUGCAGUGAACCCCACACCCCAGCUCACACAGCAAAGAGGAUGAGCAAGCCCGGAGGUUGAGACAAACGGUUCCCCUUCUCGCUGUGUUGAGGGACCCCCCUCUCCCCCAGUUACCACCUAUUUAUUGUAUCUCUUUCCUAAGCCUGGAGCACUAAUGCCAGAUUUGUCAGGUCUCCGUUCGCCAACCCCCCCCCCCCCCAAUAAAAGCAUCUUUGAGCUUCG